AUGGCGACCGCAACUCGUACUUUCGCCCGCGCUCUGCGCACCUCGGCCCGCCCCGCCCUUAGCGCUGCCCCUCGCAUUGCCUUCCGUCAGAGCGGCCACCGCUUCUACUCAUCUGAACCUGCGAAGAAGGGCUCGUCUGCCUGGCUUUGGCUCACUGGUGCUGCCGCUGCUGCCGGCGGCGGUGCCUACUUCUACCUGAACGGCUCGACCCCUGUCACUCCUAAGGUUUUUGAGCCCAAGUUCGAGGACUACCAGGCUGUUUACAACGAGAUCGCCAACCGCCUGGAGGAGGAUGAAAACUACGAUGAUGGCAGCUACGGCCCCGUCCUUCUCCGCCUUGCCUGGCACGCCAGCGGCACCUACGAUAAGGAGACUGGUACCGGCGGCAGCAACGGCGCCACUAUGCGCUUCUCUCCCGAGGCUGACCACGGCGCCAAUGCUGGUCUGAAGGCUGCCCGUGACUUCCUUGAGCCCGUCAAGGCCAAAUUCCCCUGGAUCUCCUACUCUGACCUCUGGAUCAUCGGUGGUAUCUGCGCUAUCCAGGAAAUGAUGGGCCCCAAGAUCCCCUUCCGCCCUGGUCGCCAGGAUAAGGAUGUCUCCGCCUGCACUCCUGAUGGCCGUCUCCCCGAUGCUGCUCAGGGCCAGGACCACCUCCGCAACAUCUUCUACCGCAUGGGCUUCAACGAUCAGGAGAUCGUUGCCCUUGCUGGUGCCCACGCUUUGGGCCGCUGCCACCCCGACCGCUCCGGCUACUCUGGCCCCUGGACCUUCUCUCCUACUGUUCUGACCAACGACUACUUCAAGCUCCUGCUCGAAGAGAAGUGGCAGUGGAAGAAGUGGAACGGCCCCAAGCAGUAUGAGGACAAGAAGACUAAGUCCCUGAUGAUGCUCCCGGCCGAUAUGUCCCUCGUCCAGGACAAGGAGUUCAAGAAGUGGGUCCAGAAGUACGCUGCCGACAAUGACCUGUUCUUCAAGGACUUCGCUGCCGUCAUCACCAAGCUCUUCGAGCUCGGUGUUCCCUUCAAGGAGGACACCCCUACCUAUGUUUUCAAGUCGACCCGCGAGUAA